CACUCCCAAUUUCACCAAACAACCCCUCACCGAAACACCAUGUCUGAAACCCUCAAGUGGACCCUUGGCCUGCUGAACAACGGCAAGUACCUGACCCAGGAGACCUUCGGCAACCAGAUGAACAUCAGCAGCCCGUUCCUCCGCAAGAAGCAGAUCUUCACUCUUGAGCAGAACCCCGGCUCGAGCGUCGUCUUCUUCCUUACCCCCAACGGCAAGUACCUGAGCGCUGGCCCCAAGGGCGAGUUCAACGGCGCCGCCGAGGAGAAGGGCAAGAACGAGGAGUGGACUGUCGUCCCCCAGGCUGACGGCCGCUGGGCGCUCAAGUCCACCCACGGCUACUACUUUGGUGGCACGGAGGCGUCUCUGCACGCUUUCGGCCGUGAGGUUGGCGAGUCUGAGAAGUGGUCCAUCCACCUUGCCAUGCACCCCCAGGUUUGCAUCCGCAACGUCAACCGCAAGAUGUACGUCCACCUUGCUGGCGAGGAGCUGACUGCCGACGAGGCCAUCCCGUGGGGCCACGACGCGCUCGUCACCUUUGAGUUCAAGGGCGGCAAGUAUGCUCUGCGCGCCUCGAACAACAAGUUCCUCGACAAGAGCGGCAAGCUCGUCGACGCUGUCAACGACGACUCUCUCUACAUUAUCGAGUUCAACGACUCUCAGAUUGCCCUCAAGGCCAACGACGGCAAGUACCUCCAGGGCUACGGCCCCAAGGGCGCCCUCCAGGCCCGCCGCACCCAGGUCGGCAAGGACGAGCUCUUUGAGCUUGAGGACUCGCACCCCCAGUUCUUCCUCACCGGCCAGAACGGCAAGCGCGUCUCCAUCCGCCAGACUGAGGAGAUCAAGGCCCACCAGGCCAUCGGCGACGAGACCGACGCCGAGAUUUUCCAGAUGGAGCUUGUUGGCAGCAAGGUUGCCUUCCGCUCGAACAAGGGCAAGUACUGGACCUCGCAGGACGGCGCCAUCAAGGCCACCUCGGACAAGCGUGGCGACACUGAGCUUUUCGACGCCACUUGGCUCGGCCACCAGGUUGCCCUCAAGGCCUCCAACGGCAAGUUUGUGGCCAUGAAGCCCAACGGCUCGUACGCUGCCACCGGCGACGAGAUUGACGAGAUUGCCAAGAUCACCCUCACCCUCAAGAACCGCCCUCAGCUCGUCCUCCGCUGCGAGUACGGCUUUGUUGCCACCAAGGCCAAGGAGGCUAUUGUUGCCAACGGUGUCGAGCACGAGGUUCUCUCCCUCGAGGCCAACGAGGGUGUCUACGCCUUCAAGAGCGCCAACGGCAAGUACUGGAAGCUUGAGGGCGACGGCAGCUUCACCGCCACCGGCGCCGCCCCCGAGCAGUUCCACUUUGAGUUCCUCCUCCACACUCGAUUUGCCAUCAAGCACGUUGCCUCUGGCAAGUACAUCAAGGGCGAGCACCAGGGCAACUUCCGGGCUACCUCGACCUCUGUCACCAAGGACGAGCUCUGGGAGUACUAAGCGAACGUCUUCUUGUUCCAGCUCAUUCACACAAUUUUUUUUUUUGUGGUGGAUGCAAAAGUUGUGUUGUUUGGUUGUUCCUGUGAAGUUUUUGAUUUGACACUGCUUUUUUUUGUCAAUGUGUACAAUUUCUUGUCUCCCAUGAGUCUUUGUUUUAUUCUGAGUAAAUCUGAGAGUAAUCCGAACAUA